AUGCCGAAUAGAUGUAUUGUCGGGGGUUGCUCUAAUACUUCUAAUGCGGAGAAAGGAAUUUCUCUUCAUUUCAUACCGUUUUCUGGCGACGAAAGGCCAGAAGCCAAAAAGAGACGAAAGCAGUGGAUUGAUUUCGUGCGGUCAAAGCGGGCAAAAUGGGAUCCGACUCCCAAUUCGAGUAUUUGCUCAGCGCAUUUUGACAGGAAAGAUUUUACACAAAUGUUUUCUGGUUUCUCUGGCAAAGUACCGCGGUUAGCCUCUGAUGAAAUUGGCGUAGUGGCAGUUCCUAAGUACCACACAGUAACUACAGAGACAGUGGUUAAACCCUCGUCAGCGAGAGCUAGGAGAAUGGUUGUAAAAGAAGCGUUGUCUGGAAGUGUGACCGCCCAAGGCAAAGCGCCGGAUGAAACUUGCCACGAAACAGACCCAGCUGAACACGCAAUGGAAAAUGUUGGAGAAGAACUGCCAGAAAACACUUCUCCGAACAAAACAAACAGCGUUUCAACUGGAACAGACGGUUGUGUUGGUUGUGCGUACUUGCUAAAAGAAAAGCGUAAGACUUGGAACAAGUAUAUUGCGCUUAAAAGCAAGUACGAUGCACUGGUGAAAGUAAAACAUUCCAAAGGUGUUCAGUGUAAUAUACUAAAUGUGGAAGAACUAAGCCGUGCUGAAAUGCUCCUAACACUUCCAGAACCCGAACCGGGAAGUGAAGAGACAGGAGAUGAUAUGGACACCAGCGACGAGGAUUUCCAAUGCGGAGAUGAAAGCGAGUCUGACAAAUCGGAAUUAGGAGACGAAGACACAAGUAAUCCCACUGAGAACCUACGCCAGCAACCUAAAUACAUCAUAUUCCUGUCACAGUUGCUGUUGCUAUUUAAGUUUUGCCAUUAUUGCAAAGCAGAUGACCCUCUCGUUGAAACUACGACGGAUGGAACCCUGCUAAUUGUGAGGACAACUUGUGCCAAUCCCGUUUGUAGUCGAAAAAACAACAUAUGGAGAAGUCAACCACUGAUGCCUACGACAAAACUGAACGCUUGCGAUUUCCUGCUAAGUUUCGCUAUUCUUGUAUCUGGAGGAUCACCCACUAAAGUGCUCAACAUGUUUCGACACAUGGGACUUGUUGGAAUGUGCAAUGAAUCUUACUAUAGACACCAAGGGAAAAUGUUGUUUCCAACAAUCUUUCUUCACUGGGAAGAUUACCGAAGAAAGAUUCUGGAUCGGUUACAAGCAUUGGAAUCUUUGGUUAUUUCUGGUGAUGGACGGCACGAUAGCAUGGGGCAUAGUGCAAAAUAUGGUGCUUACACAAUAUUUUGUUGUACGUCAGCUGAAAUAAUUGAUUUUAGUUUGAUCCAGCUGAAGGCCUGGACAUUUCCACCUUUGUCUCAGACAGACAUCAAACAAUAG